AUGCUUUCUCGAACCUUUCAACUUGCUUCUCACUUGGCUCGACCUUAUUCUUCUACCACAGCUAUGACUGAAAAAGCUACGUUUGCUGCUGGCUGCUUCUGGGGUGUUGAGCAUCUCUACAAGAAACACUUUGGCAAGGAUGGUAUCACCACGAGAGUAGGCUAUACAGGUGGCGAGGUCGAUAAUCCAACCUACCGUCAAGUUUGUUCCGGGGAUACGAAUCAUGCAGAAGCAUUGGAGGUGACGUUUGAUCCCAAGCGUGUAUCCUAUGCAAGCCUUGUUGAAUUCUUUUACCGAAUGCAUGAUGCAAGUAUGCUCAACUAUCAAGGACCCGACGUUGGUACUCAAUAUCGUUCGGCUAUCUUUUACCAUUCGCCUGAACAAAAACAAGUUGCCGAGGAGGUGACACAACAAGUCCAAGAGAAGCAUUACAAGGGUAAAAAGAUUGUCACCCAAAUUGUCCCUGCUGUUCGCUUUUACGAUGCCGAAGAAUAUCAUCAGCUCUACCUGGAAAGAAACCCAAGUGGAUAUGAGUGCCCAACCCAUUUCUUGCGAUGGUAA